GUUGGAUCCGUGCCCAAAAACAUUAAAAUAAAUUUGAUGAAAGUGGGCCAAUACUUCAAUAAUGUUCAUUAAUAUGUACUUGUAUCGUUGAUUGUUUCAUCUUUGAAGAAGAAGUACCGUGAAUAAGCAGGAGAGUCUCAGCAUAAGCAGAGAUCGUAACGUAAGGAAGUUGGUGUGGCAUUAUGGGAAAUUUGACGUCACAGCGCUGUCUGAGAAAGAUGGGGAGUAGGCAGUAAAGCAGGCCGAAUUUAUGUUUGUUUUUGUUGCUUUUCCCCGAAAUAUUUACUUAUGGAAUAUAUUUAAAUAUCGAAGACCACAUCGAGAUGGCUAAAUAUCGAUGUAGUUAUUGCCAGAGUGAUAUUUCGGGGUAUAGAGCGCAGUGUGCUGAAUGCGUCGACAUUGACCUUUGUUUACAGUGUUUUUCUCACGGUGCUGAACUUGGUUCACACAAAAGGGACCAUAGCUAUAAAAUCCUGAAUGAUAGCUCUGUAGGUGCAUUUGAUAUCACAAGGACAUGGAGUCUAGCAGAGGAAACUAUGCUCCUAGAUGCUGUGGAACAGUAUGGCUUUGGGAAUUGGGAUGAUGUAGCAAAUCAUGUGGAGUCUCGAUCUGCAGAAGAGUGCCAAGAUCAUUAUGUUACUUUCUAUGUCAAUGGAAGUAUUGGAAAAGAAACCAUUGUUCUUACCAAGAGUCCUGUCAAAGAUCAUUCCUGUCCUGAAGGAGGUCCCCUAUCACCCAGUAUCACCACACCUAUCAGCCCCAUUGAACUCAGCGUCCAAGAACAACAUGACCUCGGCUACAUGCCAUUCAGAGAUGACUUUGAAAGGGAGCAUGAUAAUGAAGCAGAAACUGUGAUAAGUAGUCUGGCCAAUAAUUAUGAUGACGACGAACUAGAUAUAGCUGUAAAGCUCGUACAAGUCGACAGAUAUCGAACCAGAUUAAAAGAGCGUGAACGGCGAAAAAGAAUCGCUAGAGAAUACAACUUAAUUCAAGCUGCUACAUCACUCAUCAAACCCAAAUCACAAACCCCCAAAAAACGCACAUCUAAAGAAGAAAAGGAAUUCCAGGAGAAAAUGAAGGUCUUUGCUCAGUUCCAGUCCUCAUCGGAACAUGAUCAGUUUCUAGAGAAAUGUCAAGAAGAGAAAGAAAUUAAGGCCAGAAUCACAGAACUCUGGAAGUACAGGGAGAAUGGAAUCACCAAAAUGGAUGAAGUGGAUGAUUUUGAAGAUGAACUCUAUAAACGAGAGAAAAAGAAGGAAAAUAAAAAGAAAUUGGGCAGCUCCUCCCCAGUAAAGCGGGUGUCAAUGGUCUCCAAAAAGGCCGCCGGCGGUAUCGAAGAAAAAUUAGAUAUACUCAUCGACGACGAAGGGUUAAAAGAUGAAGGGGAUGAGAAUGAAAUGAAGGAUUUGUCCAUACUCCCAAGUUAUGGAAUGUUGUCAGAGCGAGAGAAGAAGCUCUGCAAUUCUAUUGGGAUGACCCCAGCAAACUAUAUGACCAUCAAAACUUGCAUUAUCAAGGAUUACUUGCAGCGAAGGCAGGGUAUUCCAGUCAAGAUCCGCUACCCCAGUGGACUCGACAAAACUCACCGACGCAAAAUAAUGAGCUUUCUGACAGAUAAUGGUUGGAUCAUGGCCAUUUGAGGGAGCUAAUGUGAAUCAACAUCAAUACCCAAAGGGGGCAUGUAAGAGAAAACCGAUCUUAGAGAAGAGAAUUCCAGUAUUGUGGUUAAUGUGUAACCUGUGAUGGACAGAGAGAUAGAUUCAGACCAAAUUCUGAUAUGUUCCAGGCCUGACUGGCAGAGACUCCUGUUAUGUUUAUCCUCAGCCAUUCUUAUGUACAGAUAAUGCUUAUGUUGAUCAUACUGCACGAACAACUUUUGUGUUCACUGGUUUUUUUAAGGCAUUAUUUUGGCAAGAGAAAAUCAGAAUUUCUGAGAUCAGAUGUACAUAUGUAGUUGUACAGGUUUAUACUUUGUUCUACCAUUGAGCACUAAUAUUCCAUGUACAAAAGACAUUUAUCACCAAAAGUUAAUGAUUUUUCCGUCCAGGAAACCCGAUGUUUAUUUUGUGUUUCUUUUGUGUUCAAUUCAUGUUAAUUUUGUGUAAUGGCCAUGGAACUGUCCUAGAGUUGCUAUCCUCACACAUUAACAUGAUGAAGGGUGAACUAAGGUCUUGAGUACAGUGCCAGUUCAUAAUGACUAUGGACUGUAAAUGUGUAGAUAUUUUAUCUUUGUACAGCCAGUACAGAGUUUUAUCUUUGUAUAAAUGGUUUUUUAUGGGUGUGUUUUUUAACAGUAAUUUGUGUAAUUUAUUUUGUAUGAAUUUGUAUGGUGGAUAGAUGUAGAAUAUGGUGAAGUUUCACCGAAACAAUGAUGAGUGAAAUAUCAUAAGAUGAGAUUUAUUUCUGUUCAUACUGAAUGUAUGCUUUGAUUAAAUUCUAUUAAAAACAUGAAAGAAAA